AUGGCCAAGCACGGCGAGAUCAAGAUGAAGGGAGCCAGUAGCCGCGCUUCCGUCCCCACUCCGGCCGUCAGGUUCCCGGUCGGCGACGAUCAGACCAAGUUCGGCCAACUGCUUCGCAACAACAACAGCAACAGCAACAGCAACCAGCUAGUUAACAAGAGGCCCAAAAAGUCGAGAGGUUUCUCCGGCUGGCUCAUCUCGUUCGCCAGCAAAGUCACCAUCUUCUAUCUCAUCUAUGCCGCUUUGUGGACCUGCCCUUCGCGUCCUUUCGCCUUCGACUACUCGGUCAAGGAUGCUCGCCCCGUCUGCCGCAACCUAGCGCAGGCUCAUAACCAGAUUGCUCCCAUCGUCACACCGUAUCUCCACAAGGUUCAUCAAAAGGCAGAGCCCUACUCUCGUCCUCUCGUCAAGUUCGCCACGCCCUGGCUCAAGAGAGCCCAAAAGGUAGCUCGUCCCAUCUAUCGCGAAGCUCACAAGCGCGGACGCCUACUGUGGAAGAAACGAAUCGAUCCGGCGCGUCGCCGUACCAUCAAGAGCGCUCGCAAGCAGAUCGACCCGUACCUCAAACGCGCUCACCAAUACCACAAGCAGAACGUGCAGCCUCACAUUGAUGCGGCUCACAAGACACUCAAACCGUACCAUGACAUUUACCAACGCGAUGUCUCGCCUUACGUUGACCAGGCGUACCGGUACAGUCUUCAAUCGUCCUCGGUCUCGUAUGCUUUCUACGUCGACAAGGUACACCCGCAUGUCAUUCAAUCCGCCAAGCACGCCUAUAGCUUCUUCGUCAAUCAUGUCGACCCGGCGAUUCGCAGGUUCUACAGCAUCUAUGUCCGGCCUCAACUCGAUCGCUUAGUUGCCAAGGCGUAUGAGCGCAAGGCGCACUGGCUCGGCUCCGAUGCCAUCAAAGUUGCCCAGCACGAGAUGAAGCAGACGGCCAAACAAGCAGACAAGCACGCUCAGCAGGCGGUCAAGAAGGCAGAACAAGACGCAAUCCAGGCUCAGAACGACCCUUCGCUCAUCGACCGUGUAAAGCAAGCAAAGGAUACCGUCUACGACAGCGUUACAGGGACACAAACCGAUCGCGUCAAAGUAGCCCAACUCGAUGCGGAACUCGAGGCCGAAGAGGAAAAAGUCAAGGAUCUCCUUGAAGUAUGGGAGAACGGCAUGUCGGAUCUGAUUGAAAAGGAAUACAGGCUUGCAGUCGACCGGCUUGCCGAGCUUCGAAACAGGGCGCUUGCUGAUCUACCUGAUCGUUUCGGUCUGAUCAACGAGGCUUUUGUCGAGGACACGGUCGCGCUUGCCCUGAACCGAGUCGAACGAGGACUGCGCAAGAUCUCAACUCGCUCGUCUGAUUCCGAGGCCAAGAAGCUCGCCGAUGCCAACAAGCUCGUCGACCAGCAGAUCGCCAAGUUCGACGACGCUACUCUCGACACCAAGGCACAAAUCUCGGCAUUUUACGAAAAGCUGCUUCAGGAAGAGAGGCAGGUGAUCGAAGCGAACAGUGCCGAAGUUGGUCGCUAUGCCGCAGCUGCCAAGGAAGCGUACGACGACAUUAUGCGCGAUGCCAAGUUUGCUGUCACCAUGGACGAAUGGCAAGGCUGGGACAUUGGCGUUCGCAAGCGUGCUUCGCUGUUUGCGGAAGAGCUGUUGGCGGUGCAAAGCAACAGGAAGGGCGUCAGCGCGUCUUCAGGAGCCAUCGAUCUGCGCAAGGAAGCACCCGACAUGCAAAAGGAGAUCAACUCGCUUCGUACCUGGUCCGACAAGCUACACGGCUCGGCCAGAAAAGAGCUGAUCGCAUAUUCUGACUCUGCACUCGCUCAGCUCGUAGGCUCUGGUGUUAUUGCCAGAAUGAGCGACGUCAUCGACCGACUUGGCGAGCAAGCUAGCCGCAUAAGCACUGACGCUGCUGCUGGCAUGCUGGGCGCGCUUGGACUGGCUCGGGGCAAACUUGGGCUUGGUGAGCCUGUCCAAGAAAGCUACUAUGCGCGCGCUAAGGCAUACGUUGGCUCUGGAGCCGGAUCUGGUUCGUUGUUGGACGACUACUUGAACAGUCUCAAUAACGCGGCUGCUGGCGCGAGCGGUAUUGUCUCGUCUGUUGCCGCUCACGCAAGCAGUAGCGCUGUAUCGGCUGUAUCGGCUGUAUCGGCUGCGUCGGCUGGGGCGCAAGCUUCUGCUGCGAUUGCUGGCGCUGUCGGUGGGGCAACUGCUAAUGUCAAAGCGGCUGCUGGCGCUGUUGGCGAUGCAGCUGCUUCUGCUGCAUCGUCAGCUUCGUCGGUCGCAAGCGUGGCCAGUCGCAGUGUAGCCUCGCACGUCGGUGCGUCGCCCACACCUGAGACGUUUGACGAGUACGUCGACGCUUUCACUGCGCCUGUCGACGCUCCCGUAGACGGCGCUGUGGAUACAGUCACGCCGUCUUUGAGCGCGUCAUCGGUGGCGUCCAAGAUCAGCCGCAGCGUGGCUUACGCCGUCGCAGGCUCGCCUACGCCCGAGACGAUCAGCGACGGCGUCGAGGUGGUGCGAGAAAACGCAAAUGCUGCCGCUGGAAUGCUUGGCGACGUGGUCCAGUCCGGUGCUUCCUCUGCUGCCUCUGCUGUCUCUGCGCGCUCAGCUGCAUCCGCGGCUUACACCGAAGCACCGCAAGCUGUCUCGUCCGGUGCGUCGUCGCUCGCCUCGCUCGGUGUCGAACCCGUCUCUGCAGCCAAUGCAGCCUCCACGACCGCGGCUUCCUCGUUAGCCUCGCCCGCCUCAUCCGCCGCAGCGGACAGCGCUGCCUCGGCCGUAUCUGCUUUGAGCAAUGCAAGUGGCUCCGCUGCGUCCGUGCGAGGUGCCAGUCCAACGCCUGAGUCCUGGCAGGAUCACGUCGAUGCUGCUACGCAUAGAGCCACCAGCGUCGCCGCCAGUGUUCAUCGCGAACUGUAA